CGUCGUCGUGUCGAUAUUUUUGUCCCCCUUUUCGGUGUUUCCCCUUCACAAGGCGCGAUUUGAGUCGCCUCGCAUUUCAAACCCUUCUUUUCUCCGGCGUAAAACCCCUUUGCUCUCUAUCUCUCUCUUGCAUUAAAAACCCUAGUUUCGUCAUCAGCUUCGUAAUCAGCGAUGCUUCCACACUCGUACACCGUCGAUUCGCUUUCGCAAUCUCAAGACCUAGCGUCGGCUAUACUCGCAGCUUCCACGCCGCCUAAUAUCUCCGACGCUUGCUCUUCCGUUGAAUCGUUUCUACAGUCGCACACGCCUGAUCAGUGUCGUCAUUUCUUCUCUGUUACAUUCCCGAGUUUAAUCUGUAAGUUCUUCGGCUUCGGCGACCCAACCGCCGCAUCUCCGGCACAGUCUUCGUCGCCGCCGCCGAACGGUUGGAUCGAUGUAAUCUCGGCGGCUAACGAUUUGGAUUUAGCGGAAAGGGUCUUCGCUCUGUUAUCCCCUAGUGGUAUACUCAUGAGCUCAAUCUUUGCUGUCGAUAAAUUGUCUCUUGUUAAGUACGUUUUCCCGACGGAACGUUUACCGGAGUAUGCUCGGUUCAUGCUCUCAAGCGAGAAGGAUCGAACUGCGUUAUCUAAUCUGUGCCCCUUUUUGAAUGGUAAAAUUGAGGAGGAUUCACUUCGGGGUUCAUCUUAUGAAGUUAGGCUUAAUGUUUUCGAGUAUUACAUGUUUUGGCUCUCUUAUUAUCCCGUUUGUAGAGGAAACAGUGAGACUUCUGCAUCUGUGGUUCCUAUCCAGAAGAGAAAGAUGUCUAGGUUACAGAAUUGGACACAUAUCAAAGGUUUUCCUGGUAGUAGUAGUAAUAAGCGUGAUUCAGAUCAGAAAUUAGAGUGUAAUCUCUACUUAAGGCUUCUUUACUCAUAUCUGAAAGCCUUUGUUCCUGUUUUCGACUUAAAUGCUCACCAGCCUUAUCGUAGCUCUCUUUUGCAUUACGGAUAUGGGUAUGAUGUGUCAGUGAUGACAAAAGCUGAGUUCUUGGUGAAUCUCUUCUUGCAUUAUUGGUUGGUUGAGAAUGACUUCUCACCGUUCCCUGUUGUUGCGGCUAAAUCUUUCCGUUCUGCUGUGGAGGAGAUUCCACCUACUUGUGGGUUGGAAGAAGUUGUGAAGUUGCUUGUCAAGUAUCUGAAUUUGAGCUGGGUUACAAGUGGUGGCGUGACUGAAAACUACGUUGAGUAUGGCGAGAGCCCGCGGUGGAAGACACCGGCUUCAGGAUCGUCAUUCCAUGUUGCGAAUUUGAACCUUAGGCCGCUCACUUCCUGGAAUACCCAUUUACAGAGACCGCUCUAUCGUUAUAUACUGAGGAGCUUCUUGUUCUGUCCUACAAGUGGAAGCUCAAUGAAGAAUGCAUCUCAGGUGUUCUCCAUAUGGGUUAUGUACCUGGAACCAUGGAUGAUCAGUUUGGAUGAUUUCUCAGAUCUUGAAGCUGCUUCAAAUGGAUCUGUAAAAGAUGUGAAACAGGAUGAGUCUUAUGAAUCACGCGUUUGUGGAUACACGACUUUGUGGCAGAGCUAUGUGAUAUCCAAUUAUCUCUACUACAGUUCUCUUGUCAUGCAUUUUAUUGGCUUUGCGCACAAGUUCCUUCACACUGAUCCAGAAAUAGUAACUCAGAUGGUUCUAAAGGUGAUGAGUGCAUUGACAUCCUCAAAAGAGCUUUUGGUUCUGAUGAAGAAUAUUGAUAAAGCCUUUCACUCCAAACAAACUGGACCAGGAAAUUCAAAUGUGAACGAAUUGUCUAGAUUUGCUCCAUCUAUCCGUGAGCAGUUGAAGGAUUGGGAAGAUGGGUUGUGUGAGAGCAACGCUGAUGGAUCAUUCUUACAUGAAAACUGGAACAAAGACUUAAAACUCUUUAGUGAUGGUGAAGAUGGCGGACAACAACUGCUUCAGCUAUUCAUACUGCGGGCAGAAGCCGAACUGCAAACUGUAUCCGAGAAAAACAUCACAGAGGCCCUUAAGUGUGUAGAUUCACUGAAAUCGGCGGUUUCAAACUUCUUUGGGGGGCACGUCAUAAAACCAAUCGCCUUUUCCUUAGAGCCAGACCAUCCCCAGAAAAACCGGGAUGAGCUGUUCAAGCCACGUGGUGCUGGCAACCAAAUAGCAGGCUGUGUGAAGUACAAAGGGGACUGGAUGACACGUCCCAUAUCAGAGGACGAGGUUGUAUGGAUGGCUAAGUUGCUAAUCAACAUCUCUAUCUGGCUCAAUGAUCGUCUCGGGCUAAACCAAUCCGAGACCAAUAAAGGCAAGAAAGAGAAUCCAGAGUCUGUGUCGUACGUGGACGUAUCAGGGGAAGAUGUGAGAAACGUUACCGGAGCUGGAGAUGCGGCGAGGAUGUUGUUGCGAGGGAUGGUGAUGGUAUUUGGUAUGGUGCUGCAGCUGAUGAAAAGAUUCGGGGUUCGAGUCAACCUCCGGGUCAUGGCGUCCAAAAAGUUUCUGAUGCUUUUGUUCCUCUAUAUAUUGUUUCUUGGACUCAAAAGGAUUGUAACUAGAAUGAUUUGGUAGUGUUUUUUUUUUCUUGUUUGAAAGCUCUAAGGAAAUAGACCCUCUUAAGUCGCAAAGAGGAUUUUGAUAGGAUAUGCAAAGCUUAUUUACGAAACAGGGACGAAUGUUUUUUGGUAUUUACAUAUAUGGCAUAGUGCUGGGCAUUGUUUU